CAAUAUUCUACUGGUUCUGACUGUUCUUGUUUUUCAAACAUAAUUUUUAACUUGAUAUUUUCAACAGAGUUUCAAACACCAGCUGUUUGUUUUUAUACAUUGUUGAUUAUAUAUCUCGUGACUCCAUUAUUUGAACAAAAAAAAUUUUUCUAAAUUUUAAAAAAUUAAAAUUGAAUCAUCAUUUUUGAGGAAAUUUUUCUUAUCUGCUUUGGGUGAAAAAUACAUAUCGACUAGGUUAAGCUCUUAUUUAUAACUUGAGACAUCAUCUAUCGAGUAACAACACAGCAAAUAGACGGAGAGAAUAUGGGUUUUGCUGACUAAUUUUAAAGCAGAAAAUUGUCUCAAAAUACACGAUUAGCAGCCGCGACGAAUAAUUACGUGGAGAUGCCAGAAAAGGUCAAUACCAGUCGGAGCAGCUCCACCACUCCAAGUGGGCACACGACUUCAGGGAACAGACGUCAGGGCACCACUGGGAAGCCAAUCAGAUUUGAGGAUGUGAGGAGGGAGGGGUGGUACUUCAAGGAUCUCCCCCAAAAUGUGGCAGAGGCCAUACUUAAGAGACAGCCUCCGGGACACUUCCUGGUCACUCAGUUGGGAACAGUGUCCAUCAAAUUAUUCCUCGUCACUAUGCGCACAGUGAAGAACUUCGAUAUCGAGACUCUGGAGUCGGAUGGGAAGAGCUACUACCGGAUAGGGAAGGGACUCCUAUUCGCCAGUAUCCAGCAACUGGUCGACCACUGCAAGAAGAGCCCCGCACUUGGAAUCAUGCUGGACAAGUACCCACCCAAACAAGUCAUUGAUGAUCUGUUCGCUCUGCAGUUGAAUGAAGUGAAGAUUGUUCAGCCUUUUGACCUGCGACUGCCCUGGGAUGUGCGAUUCGGCCACUGGCGCAAGAGUGACGUCAUCGUUCAACAGUGUCGUGAACACAGUUCAUCUUCAGCUUCGAGCGAUGAUCAGAAGGCACUCUUUUCACGACACAGCAAAAUACUCAUGGCUGUUAAACACGAAAACAUAGCAGCCCUUCUCGGCUGUUCUCUGGAAACAUCUCCCAAGUGUUUCCUGGUGAGCGAGUCCCUGGGAGAAGGGGCUCUGAUAGAGUACCUGCAUCGUAACACUAUGUCGCUCCUACUGAGACCAAAUGACCUUUUGAGGAUAUCCAGGGAUAUAUGCAAGGCCAUGGAGUACCUGGAGAGUAAGAGAAUUGUGCACAAUGAAUUGGCAGCGGAGAACUGCGUGAUAGACGAAGUGUGUCGGGUGAAACUAACUGGGUUCCAUCUGUCUCGCUACGAGGGAGACUACGAGUCCCUUAUGAUCCCCGAAUACAUCUACAAAGUGAAGACGCCCCCACCCGAAUUCUACCAGAACCAGUUCUCAUGCAGGAGUGACGUGUGGUCCUUCGGCUUCCUUCUAUGGACUGUGUUCAAAAGGGGCCAGGAUGAGUCAUUCGAUAUCGACAGGAUUCUGAAUGCGGAUUGGGGUACCCGACUGCCAAUCAGCAUUAUCAGCAGAGCGAGACACCUGAUCGCCUCUUGUCUAGUGGAAUCACCUCAGCAUAGGCCCCCCUUCAAGGACAUCCUGCCCUUUCUCCACCAGGAAAAUUUCCCCGGGCCCCCUUACAGAUUCAGAGAGUACUCUUCAGAGGAGGGCGCAGCAUCUACUACUUCUGGCGAGGCCAGUCAAGAUGACGAGCCUAAAGCCAAAAUAACCAGAGUACCCCAAUCGUCGGCAAAAACCAAAUUCCCCUCUAUGAGCAACCUGGCAGACACGAGUGAAACCGACAAACCCCCUCCCCCACCCCGCAACCCAUACUCCCGAGGGGAAACUCCAACUAACGCCCCACCGGCUGUGAAACCCCACAGGAGAGCAAAUUCUGCAUUGCAAGCGCCGAUAUCGAAACUCGACGUCACAGCCACAACCGAAAUAAAUAAUGAUGGAGCAUACAGCAGAUUGCGACCACAUGCUGCGUUCAAGGAACAGCCGAAAACAGCCCCUGACGCCUCGCCGCAUCGAGCUUCAAGCACUGAUAUUAAAUUAUCCCAAUCAAAUAAUAAUUAUUCCAACCCCAAUAACAAUAUCUUAUCACCAAAACGCUCAUCUUCAGCUCAGAAGAUUCAAACAAAACAAGAAAAAGCGCCUCAUAUUGCAGCGGCUUCCAGUUACUCCGGCGUGAGUAACGGAGCUUGUCCACAUAAAACAGCAAACGCGGCUCCAAAUCAAGUCGUCGAUAAAGAAAAUGCAAACGUUGCAAGUCCUCGACAGCAGACUAACCCCCACUACCUUCAUACUCAUUCACAUCAGCACCAUCAAAGCAACAGACCUCUAAAAUCAAAACCCCCGCCAAGUCCAAUCAGACAAGUCGUAUCACCAACAUCUCAAUCUAUCAGCCCGAAUCCAAAUGAAGACACGAAGCAAAAUUCCAAGAAAACCGAAAGCUCAAACAGAAUGUCUAAGUCUGGAUCCUCGACACCUGUUCACAUAACUCCUCUAAGUAGUGCAUCAUCUAAUUCAAACUCAAGUCAGUCAAACUCGCAAGCUCGAUUUGGAUACGACCGAAGUACUCCAAAACCAGACAAUCGAAAUCACGCGGUACACAACCAAGCGAGUACCAUAACUGGUUCAGCCAUCAACGUUCGUAACAGUCCUGUGCCCGAGAACGACGAGCCAAGUACAUUCAUGGAAUAUGACGUCAGCAAUGCAAGUGGUUACGCAAGAAUCGGCUCGGUAUUACGUAAUGUCAGAAAUGAUGCAUUGCAAGAUGAAGACAUAGUUGCAUUACGUGAGAUGCUUGAUUAUGCAACAGAGCGGAUCGAGUUCUCAGAACAGGCUCGACAGGAUGCGACACGUGAAAAGAAUCUUAUCGCUGCCGAGAUUUCUAAAACUGAACUGAAAUGCAUGACCGAAGUCGAGGAACUUUCUAGAAUGUUUUUCAAGCACAUUCAGGACGUCCAGAAUCAAAUGAUCGAAACACCACAAGAUGGUUCAGCCAAUCAGAACGGAAGAAUUGACGACGACGUGAAAACUAAACGACUGAAUGAAAUGAAACUGCGUGGCCGGAUCGCAAUGCGUCAAUUGAAACAAGAACUGAAGCAAACUUGGAGUCAAAAUCGUGAUAUGAUGUCUAAGAUCAUAAUGCUGAGUCAUACUAGUACAGCUUCAUUACCAAUUCAAGAUCGAAGUUUGAGAGUUGAAAACAGCAUUGACGCCGCCUCUCAAAGUCCUGUAGAGCAAAAUACGGAGAGCCAAGCCAGCUCGGGUGAAUAUUACAACUCGGAGCAAAUUAAUCAGUCAACUCCUUCUCCGGUUAGACCCAAAAACCCGAACAGUGGAAGAGGAAAUCAAAGGGCAUCGCCGAAUGAUUUACCAGAAUCGGAGGCGCCUUCGCAUGUUUUAGAGUUUCUGCGCAAAUUUAUGUCAACAAAAGACGUAUCAGUUUUGGAGAAAGAACAAGUAAAAGUGUUGUUCAAAGCUCUUGAUCAAGCUUAUAAUGACCAACAGAAACUGAGACAGGCAGUUGAAAGUAUGAACGAAAGGAGCAACGAGGUUUCCGAGUCUACAGAUGCUGAAAAAAUUGCGAGGUCUGCUGAACAAAUACAAGAUUACAAGAACAAAGUUUCCAAACUGAAAAACAAACUAGCAACAAUUAUGGACGAAAACACGCAAUUAAGGAUGAAAAAUGAAAAUCUUCAACAAAUUGUGCAAAAGGCGAAUAACGUUAUUGAAAAUACGCGUGAAAAAGUAGUUGAACGUGACCAUUUUGAACAAAAGUGUCAAACACUGGAACAAAAUCUGAAACGAGUUGAAACUCAAAUGACAGAUAACGAGAAAAACUUCCGGAGGAAUUUGGUAAAUUUGAAACAAGAGUUGAAGGAAGCUUUAGAUGGCAAGAAACACUUUGAGCGUGAAAUCAACAAUUUAUUGGCCGAACAACAGAAAAAUCAGAUAGAGAUGGAUCAAAAUCGCAUGAUGACUAAGCUGCAACAGCUUGAAAGUGAACGAAUGGAAGCCGAAGCAAGGGCGGAAGCGUUAGCAGAGAACCUUAAAUUUCUCACAACUAGGAUGGAAUCACAGGAGAUGCAAAUAUACCAUGGCAAAGUGACUAUUGAGAGUCUACGAAAUGAGAUUGAAAGCCUACAAAAGCAAAAUAAGCUUGAAAACACUUCACAAUAUCAAAGCAUGCUUGGUCAGUUCCAAGCACUUGAGCAGAAAUUACAAACAGCCGAAAACAAAAUAUCCGAAAUUGUCUGCGAGAGAGACCAGUUUAAGUUCCUGUAUGAACUAUCACUGCAGAAACUUCGCGCGCAAGAUGAAAAACCGAAGCAAUUUUCAAAAGCCGAGAAAAAAGCUAUGAAAGCAGCCGAGUCUGCGGUCAACUCAAGCGGGGAAAAAGUUGCACCGAAAAGGACUUCAGCACUGAAUUUACUCGAGAAAAGAUUUCUGAAUAAAGGUAAAAGUAACUCGACUCAGAAUAUUCCCACAACAUCGGCUCCCAGAGCUGUCGUUCAGGCGAGACCUCUAAGCAACCCGGCGUAUGUGUCAUCAGCUAGCGGAGGUUUCGACUCAGAGCGAACAAGUCUAAACAGCAGUGGCAACGUAACGACUUCAAGUGGCGCCGGAACAACUUCGAAUGGCCAAAAUCAGUCACAUAAUAUUUCACAGAUGACAACGGCGUCAAAAAUGAAUCAGAGGCCGAAACUGAUUUCACCUCGAAUCGCAAAGUCCCCGGUUCCACUUCCAGUAUCAAAUGGUAUCAAUCAGCAGCCUAAUCAGACAUCAGAAUCAAUCACUCCUCUUUCUGCUGGGAAACUAAAGGGCAAAUGGCAAGCGUUGUAAAAUAGAAAAGUCUUCGAACUCAGCUCGGAAAUGCUCAAGUUUCGCCCCAAACACGUUCAUAAACUGAUGUUGUCCAUGAGAAAAAUAUUUUUGAUUGUUUCCUAUUUAUAUUUCAAGUCGAGUUUAAUCUUGUGUAAUUCAAAUAAUCCAAAUUGUAAAUUGUAUGUAAGGUACCAUAUCAAAUGUAAUAUAUGUAAAUUACAAAACUAUCUAACGACUCUCUGGUAUAAAUUUAGU